GAGCAUGCGCAAAACACACGCCCAAGACAUUUUCUUGCAAAGCUUCGUGCGAGCGCAAUAGUUGAGUAAUCCAGAAGAAAUGGAGGGUGACCUUGACAUGGACAAGGAGCAUGUUGGGUCAGAGGUCAACUCGAACCAGGAAGUGAUUGGUAUGCUACUGUCACAGGCAUCCGAUGGAGAAGAUAGCCAACUCCAGAUACAACCUGAUAUACCUGAGGAUGAGGUAGGUGGGGCAGGAGAUCACGAAGGAGGAUCCCUCCUGGACGAUGGCUCCAGCCUCCAGGCGGUUCAACUUACAGAUGGCACCACAGCUAUCAUACAACAAAAAGGUGAUGGGAGCAUUUUAGAAGGCCAGGCUGUACAGUUGGAAGAUGGAACCACAGCGUUUAUUCACAAUCUCAGUGGGAAAGGAUUUGAGGAAGGCCAAACUGUUCAGCUUGAGGAUGGAUCAACGGCUUACAUCAUCAGGACAAAUGCUAAAGUUGAUGGAGAGAGCAUGCAGGCGGUACAGCUGGAGGACGGUACAACAGCUCUGAUACAGACCAACGUCACAGACUUUGAUCAGGCACACAGUGCCUUUUCCUCAGAGGACCCGUUGGAUGCACAUUCUCUCAAUGUGUUAGAUCAAUAUGCAGCUCAGAACGCUAGUGAACAAGGAGGUGCGCUACAACUUACUACCGGUGAUCAUGAUUUCACUUCGCCAAUGCGAGUCACAGUAGGAUCUGUUGGAACUACGAUGCAAACCAAAGUGGAAGUGAUGUCAAGUAAAACGUUUCAAUGUCCGCACGAAGGUUGCGGGCGAAUGUACACCGCCUCACAUCAUCUGAAGGUUCAUGAACGUUCUCACAGCGGCGUCAAACCGUUCCGGUGUGAACACCCCGGCUGUGAGAAGGCGUUCGCCACAGGUUACGGCCUGAAGAGUCACACCCGUGUUCACACGGGUGAAAAACCUUACCAGUGUGUUCAGGAGGGCUGUCUCAAAGCAUUUAAAACGUCAGGAGAUCUGCAGAAGCACACAAGAACACAUACAGGUGAGCGGCCAUUCAAAUGUCCGUUUGAAGGUUGCGAGAAGGCCUUCACCACGUCAAACAUUCGUAAGGUUCACAUCCGUACGCACACCGGCGAGAGACCUUACAUCUGCCCGAACGAGGGGUGCGGCCGAGCGUUUGCCAGCGCAACCAAUUACAAGAACCAUAUGAGAAUACACACAGGAGAAAAGCCGUACGUCUGCACGGUUGCCGGGUGUGGCAAGCGCUUCACCGAGUACUCCAGUCUCUACAAGCACCAUGUAGUCCACACCCACUCCAAGCCUUACAUGUGUUCAUCGUGCGGUAAGAACUAUCGUCAAAUCUCGACGCUAGCCAUGCACAAGCGACAGACGCACGGAGAGGAUCCCCUCAUCGAGGGCCUGGAGAUAGCUAUUGGACAAGGAGACAGGCCAGAUAUCGUAUCGAUUCUUGGAGCGCCUCCCGCGAAGAAGGCCAAAUCAGAGUAUCACAUAGGGUCAAUGAACUUCAACACCCAGGCUGCGGAUGCUGCCAAUGAAAGCAGUACUCAGAUUCUUACAGACUCUCUCAAUUCUGCAGGAAUGAACCAAUCCAAGACCAUCAUCCUACGAGACGCUAACGGCCAGACGCGUCAUGUGACCAUGGUGUCGGCUCUUAACCGUGAUGCUGCCCUCGCGGCCAUGAAGGCUGCCGUCGGAAACCACGCCAUGCUUCAAGUGGUCUCCGAUGGGUCCCUAGCCAAUCUCUCAGAUAUGCAACUGCAAGAAGUGAUGGCCGUCCACGGAGCACUGGGAGAGGAGGACGAUGAGGAGGGAGGGAAGCCAGAGGAAUGCACAGCUGCAACCCAGCUCUCUGAAGUAAACACAGAAGCAGAGCUGGUUGGCCUUCAUACAUGAUGAUAAGCAAUGCAGGGGGGGGGUGGGGCAAAGUAUACGGAAUUGCUUCUUUUAACACAUAUACACUUACCAAUGAAGGGGGAGUUAUACAGUCAUGAAAUUGCUACUCAACAUUAAAGAUUUUUUUUUAAAGACCCUAUCCGAUGACAAUACAACUUUAUUUUAAUGGAAAGCUGAAUGAACGUAGAAUACAAAUUUAAAGGAAUAAACAAUAUUUUUCCUUUCAGUAUUGCACAAAAGCAAAUUGAAAUCUUAUUUUCUACACACCUCACAAUUUUUUUUUAGGCCUAAUAGAAGUACUGUUGGUGUAUAGAUGAAUGAUUACAUACAUUUCAUGAAUGUACACAUAUUAAACCAGCAUUUGUCUAAAUGGGUUUUACGAUUUUGUACAAAUGACCUUUAUCUGCCUGUGCGCAAGUAGUAUCUCCAUGGUAUCUAUUCAAAGAAACCAACCUUUUCCUUCCUAUUGUUGGAUUGCAAUUAAUGGGUGGUUUUGAGUGGAAAAAGACACAAAUUUAAAGGGAAAGUGCACCUUGAUACCAAGUUGGUUUUAAUAAAAGCAGAAAAAUGAAACAAAUUAUUGAAAGUU